AUGGCGCUGAAAGAGGCGUCUGAACCUAUUUCAAUGAUAAAUUAUUUACAUCUAGACGCCGACAAAGUUCUAUCAGCUUGCGGAAAAUAUGGAAAACAUCAAAUGUUUGCGUAUGUUGUCACAACUUGUGCUCAAACUCUAUUUGCAAUUAAUAUGAUGGUUAUGCCAUUUAUUAUAAAACCCGCGUUUUUUACGUGUGAAUUUGAUGAUCCGAAAGAUCAAAAUUGGAUUUAUCAACGAAUCGACGAUGAUCAAUGUCAUAUAAUUGAUGGAAAUAAUUGGACAGUUAACUGCAAUCAAAUCCCCGGCUCAAAAUAUAUUUACAAUGAGACGAAAAUGGCAUCGGAAUUUGGAUUGGUUUGUGACAAAGCGGAUAGUGUUGAUCAUGCUUCAUCAAUUUUCUUGUUGGGUGGAUUGUUAGUUGCACCAAUUAUCACACAAUUAUCCGAUAGUUUUGGAAGACGAAACACAUUUUUGUGGCCAUUGUAUGCGUCGGUGAUUGCCAAUUUUUUCUGUGCCAUUUCGCCGACUUAUAAUAUUUUCCUAUUUUUCCGAUUUAUUGCGGGUGUUGCGACAUCGGUGAGUUUUUUUAAUGAGAAGCUGAGAUUGGAUUGACUGCUUUUCUCAAGAAUACAGUUUAUCGUACAAAAAUCUGUAAAAAAUUGUUUUUGUUUCAAAUUUUACAAAAAAAAAACCCCCCAAAUUCAGAGUUUCUCAAUGGUCGGCUAUGUUCUUUGCGUCGAAUCAGUUGCUCUCGAAUUCCGUUCUCUCACACCACUUCUGACUACGGUAACCUGGGUAACCGGUUAUAUGCUAGCCGGAGUUCUUCACUUAUUCAUCCCCAACUGGCGAUGGUUAUACUUUGCGAUUUCACUCCCCGGACUUUUGACAAUUCCAUAUUAUUGGUGGACACCGGAAAGUUUGCAUUGGAUGAUUACAAGUAGAAAAGGAAAACAAGUUCGGAAAUUUGUUGAGACUUGUGAGAGGGUGAAUAAGCAGAAGAUUGAUUUGUCGAAAUGUAUGAGUGAUGAUAUUUCGGGACAGGAAGGAGAUAUUAAACGGAGAACUGCGCUGGAUAUUUUUUUGAAUCCAACUUUGCUGUUUUCAUUGAUUGUUAAUGCGAUUAUUUUGUGAGUUUUUGGAAGAUCCAGGAAAACAAAAACGGCUCCUAAAAAUAUAUAACUCAACAAAUUCAGAAAUUUUGAAUUGUAAACUUUUUAGUCCAAAAUUUAGCCUAAAUUUAAACUUUCCAAAUUUCUAUAGAUAAACUCAAAAAUUCCUGAAAGUUUCUAAAUUAUGACGUGGCUCAUCUUUGGGGUGCAUUAUUUUCAAUAAAAAUCUGAAAAUCAAAUUUGUCAAAAAUUAAUAAAUUUCGAAUUUAAGCCAGCCAAUCCACAUCUGAAAAAUCAUCAAAACCCAAUUUUUUCAGAAUCGCAAUGAAUGGAACAUAUUGGGGUUUAUCACUUUUCUCAACCGAAUUAUCUUCGGAUAAUGAAAUGCUUGGCUACUUUUUAUCUGGAGCAGUCGAAGUUCCAGCUGGUUUCCUAUCAGUUUAUCUUCUCCUUGUCCUCGAUCGCAAAACCGUCUCAUUCAUCUCACUUUUCCUAACUUCAGUCUUUAUGUGUUGCGCAUUAUUCGUCCCAUUACCUGAUAAUUAUUCAAUGAUUUUCCCACUUUUGGCUAAAUCUGUUAAUUCAAUUGUUUGGAGUAGUCAAACACUUUUGUAUGCGGAAAGUAUGCCAACAAGUAUUCGAAAUGUGUUUUGUGGAAUUGUUACAUUUUUGGGAGAAAUUGGAUCGGUUGCUGCGCCGUAUCUGAAAAGAUUGGUGAGUUCUGAAAAUUUUUAUUUAUGGAAACAAGUUUGCUUUUCGUUAUCAGUUGGAAAAAAAACAUUAAACGAAAAAAAGUUCUUAUCAAGGUGGAGAAAAAGCUGAGAAUUAUGAGAAAAAAUGGACCAAAAAAUUAAAAAAGUUUGAUUUUUGAUAUAAAUUUAUCAGUAGUUUUUUUUUCGAAAAAAAACUGGGAAUCAUAAGAAAAAAGUUUUAUCAGUCUGAAAAUGCUGAAAAAAAUAAUUCCUCGUUUCAAAGUCCACCUCGGAAACCGCUUUGAGCAAUAGGAGAAUCACAUGUUUACCUACUUGAAAUGUUAUGUCAAGUUAUGGUUUAAAAAAAAAGUCCGAUAAUAUUUUAUGGUCGAAAAUUGUUAUCAGAAAAUUUAAAAAUUGACCAAAAUGUUGAUGAAUUUCUAGCAGGGUACAAUUCUAGCAGCGAUUGACAAGAGACUUAAAAAUUCCAAAAAUUCUUGGAUCAAUAUAUUCCGGUUUUUCCAGGAAGCAAUCGACAAAAAUGCGCCAGCCUUAUGCAUUGCAAUUCUUUCAUUUCUAGCCGCAAUUUGUGUCAUAGUUUUGCCGGAAACAAAAGGCAAAAAACUACCCGGUGAUAUUGAUGAUUUUGAUAUUGGACCAUUAUUGAGAAGGUUCAAAAAAUCACCGUCAGCUUCGCCUUCUUUACAAACUGAGGUUAGUUUCUUCUUUUUUUUGAGAAGGAGAAAUCGGGCUGGAGUUGCUCAAAAAUAAUUUUUGAAAAAAAAAGUUUUAAUUUCCAGGAAGUUAGUGUUCCUCUAAACGACAUUGAAAAAGCUGAAACCAACGAGGAAAAAUAA